CCAUAUGACCGUCCCCACCAUCAAGCAUUUCUCUUUUUUACAGCUAUCACAAACCACAGUGUUCUAUAUAAUGCUGCUUCUUCACCUCUAAACCCACCCCACCCCACCCCACCACUAAAAUGAUCAAUCUCCUCUUUGGUGUGAUUCUUCUUGGAUCCUCCUGCUAUGUUUCCGCCGAGAAACAAACUUACAUUGUCCACAUGUCACACCACCACAUCCCACCCAGUUUUAACCAGGAUCACACUCACUGGUUCGACUCAUCUCUCAAAUCGGUCUCACCAUCUGCCGAGAUGAUCUACACUUACCAAAACGUUAUCCACGGCUUCUCGACUCGGCUUACCGCUCAGGAAGCCGAGUCACUUGAAACCCUCCCGGGGAUAAUCUCCGUCUUACCGGAGUUAAAAUACGAACUCCACACCACCCGUACGCCGGAGUUUCUAGGGCUCGACCAAAAAAGUAACUUAUUCCCACAGUCCGACGGAGAAAGUGACGUCGUCAUCGGAGUUUUGGAUACCGGAGUUUGGCCGGAGAGUAAAAGCUUCGACGAUACCGGUAUGGGACCGGCUCCCAGCGCGUGGAACGGCGCGUGUGAAGCCGGAACAAACUUUACGGUCAGUAACUGUAACCGGAAGUUGAUCGGAGCUAGGUUUUUUGCUAAAGGGUAUGAAGCUACACUGGGCCCCAUUGAUGAAACGAAAGAGAGUAGAUCUCCAAGAGACGACGACGGUCAUGGGACCCACACUUCCACCACCACCGGCGGUUCAGUAGUCGCCGGAGCUAAUUUGUUGGGAUACGCGCCUGGCUCGGCGCGUGGGAUGGCUUCACGCGCUAGAAUAGCGGUGUAUAAGGUUUGUUGGAUUGGUGGGUGUUUCAGUUCGGAUAUAUUAGCAGCUAUGGAAAAAGCAAUUACCGACAACGUUAAUGUUCUGUCGUUAUCACUCGGCGGCGGAACGGCGGAUUAUUACCGUGACAGCGUGGCAAUAGGAGCGUUUGCUGCAAUGGAAAAGGGUAUUUUGGUAAGUUGCUCUGCGGGUAACGCGGGGCCCACUUCGUACAGUUUAUCCAACGUGUCACCGUGGAUAACAACCGUCGGCGCAGGGACGUUGGACCGUGACUUCCCGGCGUACGUUAGUCUCGGCAAUGGGAGAAACUAUUCUGGUGUCUCGUUGUAUAAGGGACCCACACUGCCUGAUAAGAUGCUGCCAUUUGUUUAUGCUGGUAAUGCUAGUAAUUCCACCAGUGGUGCUCUGUGUAUGCCUGGAACGUUAUUACCUGAUAAAGUGAAGGGUAAAAUCGUACUUUGUGAUAGAGGGGUAAAUGCUAGGGUGCAAAAGGGGUCAGUUGUUAAGGAAGCUGGUGGUGUUGGUAUGGUGUUGACCAACACCGCCGCUAACGGUGAGGAGCUGGUGGCGGACGCGCAUAUGUUGCCCGCCACCACCGUCGGACAAAAAGAAGGUGACGAGAUUCGGAAAUAUGUCAUUUCCGAUUCGGCUCCAACCGCGGGUAUAUUAUUCCAAGGGACAAAGCUGGGAAUUCAGCCGUCGCCGGUGGUGGCGUCGUUUAGUUCCCGGGGACCGAACACGAUCACGCCGGAGAUUUUGAAACCGGAUAUCAUCGCACCGGGGGUCAAUAUCCUGGCGGGUUGGUCCGGGGCGGUUGGUCCAACUGGUUUACCAGAUGACACCCGGCGCGUGGAGUUUAAUAUAAUCUCCGGCACGUCGAUGUCGUGUCCGCACGUUAGCGGGCUUGCAGCGUUGCUGAAGGCGGCGCGGCCGGAGUGGAGUCCGGCCGCGAUCAGGUCUGCCCUAAUGACGACCGCAUACACGGCUUACAAAAAUGGAAAGAUUAUUGAAGAUCUAGCCACAGGAAAACCGUCUACACCAUUUGAUCACGGUGCAGGACACGUGGAUCCUGUAUCCGCGGUUAAUCCUGGGUUGGUGUAUGAUUUAACCGCGGAUGAUUAUUUUGAUUUCCUAUGUGCGUUAAAUUAUACCCCGGCCCAAAUACAAGUUGUGACAAAAAGAAACACUACUUGUGACACCACUAAAAGUUACUCAAUUGGUAAUCUUAACUAUCCGUCUUUUGCGGUUGUGGUUUCAUCGGAUUCGACCGGUAAAACCGGAUCUACAGUUGUUAAACACACUAGAACCUUGACUAAUGUCGGUCCCGCAUCGACUUACAAGGUUACUACAUUCUCUGAUAGCAAAGGGGUACAAAUGUCCGUGGUUCCUAAUACUUUGACUUUUUCUAAAGUCAAUGAGAAACAAUCGUACACGGUGACAUUUACGGUGGGUGACAUGGCAGCGGGUUCGAAUGCGUUUGGUCGGAUCGAGUGGUCGGAUGGGAAGUAUGUGGUCGGAAGUCCGGUGGCGGUUAGUUGGUGAUGGUUAGAACAUUGAAGUUUCAGUUUCUUUUUUAACAAGUUGUUCAAGACACUCCCUAAAGGUGAGUGGGUUGGCUGUUGGGGAUUGAAUAUAAAGUUUGUUUCUUUUUUAUGCUUUUGAUUUAAUUGUUAAGAUAUUGGUGAUCAUUUUAAGGUUGUUUAAUUAGUGGUUUUAAGGUGGGGAAAUAUUCUGCUUAAUAAAGUUGGGAAUGUUUUCUUCCUUGAAGUUAUUUUACUUGAUAUUUGAAAUGUAAAAAAUAUCUUGUGUAAAAAUUGAUGUAAAACGUCAUAUUGAAAAGGAUAAACGAAAUAAGAUGUUGAAGCUCAGUCAGAUUU